UACACUGACCUGGAUAUCUGUAAAUGAGAAGCACUCUACCGGUCAUGGAUUUUAGGACGACAAUGCAUCGUUUUUGUGUUCAUCUUCAACGGAUAGGCCUUCGCCUUGAAGGUUGUACGGCAAGUGUCAUGUCCCUCUGGUCUGCCGAAUUGUGACGCGAGGAAGGGCUUGCUUAGCAGCCUAAUGGCCAGUAUCGAUGACUUGGCAAUCACAACCAAGACUGAAUAGCCUCUUUAUGCAAUUUCGACAAUUCAUUGUCUUCAUUCGCCCCGCCUGCUUCUCUAUUUGUUGACUGGAACUGGGUAUCACUCGAGAGUGUGUCGUAGUAUCACCAUUACUGAGAGACAACAGUAUUUACUUCUCUGAAGCGAGGAAGUGGAUCUGCGUCAGGCUAGCUGAACUUGAUAAAGAUAAGCCCGGAGGUUGGGUGACCUUGCUUUCAUAAUAAAGGUGCCAAAAGAUUAACGAUGCUUGAGAUUGUUCAGAGACUAAACACUUCAACAAAACGAGAGCCAUAUUUUCAAUAGCAACAGAGAUCUCCGCCUUUUAUUUUUAUCGUGGUUCACUGCAGCAUCGAUACGUCUCCAUUCGUUUUAUUUUGGAAGUUGCGAACGGAAAUAGUGCUUGCCUCCGUUGUAAUUGACACUGGUAGGAAGUGGGAUGUGGCCAGGGUGUAUUUAUGCUUCUGUUUAAGAUAUGAAAAUCAUUGAAUUAGUGCUGGCCCGGGAGCCCUGUUUCACAACCGGACACAGCGGUGGUAACGACAGUGUUGCUGUCCGUCAAUGUGGAUGUUGUCUGUGGUCGAAAACGGCGAACACGACCGAAGCUGCUGUGCUGGUUUCGUCUGGACUGAACCAUUUCCAUGAGGGCUUCUCAACAUCACGCCCUAACAAAUGGUGUGCUGGGCUGUAUUAUAUGCUUACAUAAUAACAGUAUGUGAAUCGAUACAGUCACACCGUUUACUUUUUUAUUUUUAUUUUUUUCUUGGACAAAGGCUGCGCUUUUCCCCUUUUUAAAAAAAGAAUAUAUAUUUUUUGCAAAUGUCAACAACUCAACGUCAAAUAAUGAUGGAGUCCUCUCUAGCUCUCGGAAGACUGGAACUGACCCCCAGUUCAGGCGCUGUUGGUGUCACCCUGACCCCACGUCUCUCCGGCGGGCACACCGCGAAAGAAAAGUGCGGUCAGCGGCCACUUGGGCCACAAGGCCAGGCUCACCUGAACGGCUGCGUCCCGCUGUCACAUCAGGUUGCAGGUCACAAGUAUGGAGUGGAUACAGUGGGGAUUUUGCAGCAUCCAGAUGGAACAGUCCUGAAGCAGCUUCAGCCUCCACCCAGAGGUCCACGAGAGAUGCAGUUUUACAGCAUGGUGUAUGCAGAGGACUGCUGUGAUCCAUGCCUUUUGGAGCUCCAGAACCAUCUUCCCAAGUACUACGGCACAUGGUCCUCUCCUGACAGCCCCAAUGACCUGUACCUGAAGCUGGAGGACGUGACUCGACGCUUUGUCAAGCCGUGCAUCAUGGAUGUGAAGCUGGGCCAGCGGAGCUACGAUCCGUUUGCCUCGCAGGAGAAACGGGAACAACAGAUCAGAAAAUACCCGCUGAUGGAGGAGAUAGGCUUCCUGGUCCUCGGCAUGAGGGUGUAUAAGAUGUGCAGCGACACGUUUGACUCCUACGAUCAGCACUACGGGAGGGGACUGCUUAAGGACACCAUUAAAGAUGGCCUGGCUAAAUUCUUCCAUAAUGGUGUUAGUCUGAGGAAAGAUGCAGUGUCGGCCAGCAUCCGCAGAGUACAGUGUAUCCUCCGCUGGUUUGAGUCACAGCGCCAGCUGGCCUUCUACGCCAGCUCCCUUCUCUUUGUCUACGAGGGCCUCCCCUCCUCUUCCUCCUCAUCUCCCCUUUCGUCCCUUCUCAGCACGCCGUCGAUCAGCCCAACUGCUGUGAAAACUGCCAUGUUGUCAUCGGCAAGUAACAGCGGUCAGGGCGGGGAGGGGAAAACAAGACAGGAAGGUGCGAGUCAGGAAGAUGAAGUGGCUGAGUACAACAACAACAACAUUCAGGUGCCAGUGUCCUGGGACUACAGCCUGGAUACCAUUUACACCAACCACAGGAAAGGUGGCCACCAGCACUGUGCCAUGGGUCAUUUCCGAGGCAACAGUGGAGACAGUGAUGCUGUGGACACGACAGUCGGCUCAGUUUCUGCACCUUGUGAAGAAGACAACUCUGUAUGGAAACGAACAGGUGAGUCGCAACAAGCACCAAACACAAACGGAAACAAAUCACAACUGGAAGGGAAGGAUGAGGAUGGAGAGAGGGAGGACAGAGGCAGGAGGAGGAGAGAGGAGGAGGAGGAGGAGGAGGAGGAGCUGAAAGGACGAGGAGGUGAUGCAACAGAGGGGGCAGGAGGAGACACUGAGGUGGAGGUCAGGAUGAUCGACUUUGCCCACGUUUUCCCAAGUGAAAGCCACGAUCACGGCUACAGCUAUGGCCUCAAACACCUGCUGACGGUGCUGGAGCAGAUCCUCUAUGACACCGCCUAGAGCUCUCCCUCCUCCCUAAAUUCUCUUUACCUCCUGACCAGCUCAGUGAACCAGUCUCCCUUCUGUCAACCCUCCUGACUUCUCAAAAAAAGACAGAAACCUGCAGAGGGAAGAAUCGAAUAUGAAAAUAAGAACCAUCAUCGUCACCAUCUCACGUGUUUGGGAUGUUUGUCGGUUAUGUGUGUGUCUGUUUGUGUGUGUUUGUGAGCAAGGUGGAUAGCAGAGGCUGACAGUUGUGUUUUCCCUGUGAUCAGCAGCACUACAUGCACUAAUCAAUACAUGAAGGCAUUGCGACCCUGAACUUAAACACAACAUCUUUAGCUGCAUGACUUACUGAUGCUCACACUAGCUCCAGAACGUCACAUGACUUCCCCUUUAGUCCAUUUGAAAAGCAUCCCUCAAAACAGGCUCACGGGCCUGUGGAUUGAUUCAGAGAGAAUCAGCAGGAGAGUUGUGUGUGAGCUUUAUUUACGAUGAGGUGAUGAUGCAGUCUUCCUAGAAAAAGACCUAUACUGCAGUAACUGUUAGACAGAGUUAGCGCAAUUAACUUUACGCAAGAUGUAUUUUAUCCGCAUCCACAGUGGUUCAUUGGAUUUGGUUCAUUUAGGUUUACAGAACACCGUCAAACUCCUUUUCACGGGUCUCCAUUUGAAACGUAACAUUAGUUGAGAAUGGCCUCUUGAAUUGUGUGAGCAUGGAGUAAGACAAGGAGUCUGGAGAAUGUUGAGGUUUAUGUUGGGUCGUCAUUUUGUGUUUUUGUUUAAACACUGUCUACAGGUAUCUAACUCAGGUAAAUUUACUGUAAGAAGAAAUACUUAAUAAUACUACUAUUAUCCUCUCAGCAAGAUGAUCCUCAUGCUGUGUGGUUGUUCAGUUCUAAUGAUUGUUUUAUAUCGUCUUACUCCAUGUUUUAUCUCAUGAUUGUCCUUAUCUCAUUGAGUCAUGUUUUUGCCUUGCAUAACCUUACAAUGACCUUCCAAGUUUUAUUAUCUUUUACAUGGCUGUUUUAAUUGUUGUACAUGUUCAGCUGCCAAAUGACCUCCCCCCCUGAGAGAGAGAGCCCCCCCCCCCCCCCCCCCUGAGAGAGAGCCCCCCCUGAGAGAGAGCCCCCCCCCCCUCCUGAGAGAGAGCCUGUGCUCUGUGCUGUGUUUAUUCCAGUUAGUUGGUGUCCCCCUUCUUCGUGCCCUAGUUUUAGGGACGGCAUUAUAUUGUUAUUGUCAUACCUUGUACUCCCAUUUUUUAAGAACCUUACUUCUAUCAGAAGAUAACAUUGCUCAAGCGUUAACCAUGAGCUAUUCUAUGAUUUGAGUUAUUGAUGACAAGUUAUUAUAAUACAAUUAAAUGAGUUAUAACUGGGCAACAACAGGAAACUAUUUCUCUCAUGAUAUUACCUACUAGUAUGAUAGAACUUCCCUAAGGAUUUUAAGAUUGUAUUAAAGCAGCUGGUGACAAAUAUCUUUUUACUACAAGUCUAGUGACAAACUGAGUGACAGGAUGCUAAAGAGAGAGACAGCGACUGAAUGCUUUCAUGUGGUUUUGUUUGUUUUCUUUGGUUGCUACUAAAACGGAAGACAUCGUCUCCUUUUUACACUAAUCUCAGUUUGAGACAAAAGUUUAACUCAUUUUAAAUUACAUUUUGUUAUUAAAUCCUAUUUGGUAGGGUUGACUACAAUGUUUUUGAGGCUAAUGCACAGACUGAUGCUGUCAAUAUUCUGUAUACAUGAUGGGUCUAAGACUUUCCUGCCAGGUAUGUCAAAGGUUUAGCAAACUUUAUUAAGAUCAGAACUUUCCAUUGAAACCAAUUUAUAUUCUUGUUUUCUUGCAAUUAUGACUCUUUAUCUCCUGGCUUAGUUUUACAAAAACAUUUCAUUUUUAUUAUUUUACUUUUCUGGAGCUUUCAGACGCAUCUCAUGACUUUCUUCAGCAGGUUGUGUUGUAUCUGCAGUUGAAGGCCACACGUUGUAGCUGAAAGCUCUGGAAAAAAACUAGUAAGUUGACCUAACCCUAACCCAAACUACUAUUUUCUAUUUUUCUAGAAAGAAUUUUAAAGAGUUUUAUCCUGAUUGUGACAGAAAUGACUCCUGGAUGAAACACACUUGGACAAAGAAUAAAAUUAAAUAUAAGGCAGGGGAAUUUAAAGAGUCCAAAUGCGUUUGGUGUGAUCUGCCACUAAAACACAAUCAAAAGUGAGACUGCAGCUUUCAUAGCAGGUGUUCCACAUGAGCGCAGGAAAGAUGUUGAGUACAUUUGGAUCUUUACCUCAGUCAGUCUGUCUCCAUCAGUCCAACCCUACUUUAAAUACGACCAGUGUUUUAAUGAUUUGAUAACCUUCAAGAGUCAACUGUGUGUUUAGGAUCAUUUGCUGUAAAUAGUUUUCCUUUAUUCGCAGUUUGUUUUUGUGCCAAUGUUUGUGUGCAGGUGUACUGCUCUCUACACUGGAGCUACUUUAAACGUGACGUUAGAUCUCUGCUCUAGUGCGCCACUUUGAUUUUAACCAAUAAUAUGCACAGGUCGCUUCAGUUUAUAUAGCUUAUAAUAUAUGAAUAUAAUGAACAAUAUUUUGUAAAUUAACUUGAUCUAAAUUGUAUUAUGAUUUUAAUCUGAACCAAAAGAGAGAGAAAAUAUUAUAUCAUAAUAGUUCGCAAACAUUGUUUUUUUUUUUUAUGAAUUUGUUUAAAGAAUCAACACGAAAGCAGUUUUUAAAGGAUGUUUACAGGAGUUAGAGAAUAGUUAAAAAAAAAAAUACAUAUGUCGUCUCAUGUCGCCUUCUGUGUAUUGAACAUUAUUAUUGAUCAUUCCGGCAGCUUUGUGAAUCUCUUCUGUGUUUCUAACUCACAACAACAUAUCAUGCAUGUAUACUGGGCAUUGUUGAUGGAAUUGGUUUAAUUGAUUUACUCAUCGUGAUGCAACGUUUGACUUUAAUUACUUUCAGUUUGUGUAAAAAUCCCAAAUCAGUUAAAAUGACUGAGGCUUUAUUUCAGUGUUGGUGGGCAGAUUUACCAUCAUUCCAUUUAAAGGAGCACAGAAGGCUUUAUAAUACUUAUAUUCCUUCUUUACAUUACAGCUGAAGCAGAACACCGUGUGUUCUAUCGCUGAAUAUGUUUUUCUUUCUAAAUGCAGACUGAUUUGAAAAAGUCUGAAUCACUGAAUUAGCAAACAGGAAGAUAACCAAAUGUUCACUAUGGAGCCUGCAGUGUGCCAUUAAAGGCUUUUACAGCGUAUGUAAUAAUUAUAAUAUCAAAUGACCAAUGAUUUGAAAAUAUUCUAAACAGAUUCAUUACCUUUUGCAUUUAAAUAAUUUCCUUUUUCUGUUAAAUGUAAAGUAAUGUAAUGUAUGUUGGAGUUUAAAAUGGAAUUGCAACAUUAACUUUUAUUCUUUAUCACAUUUCAUCGACGGUUUCCAUUGAAUGUUUUGCUACUUGAAAUGAGUCACUGAGCAGCAGGGAGACCAGUUCUGCCUCUGAGCGGCUCAUUUUAUUAGUCUGUAAAAGACAGUAAUGUAAUAAGAAUUGUAAAUAUUACAGCAAGAAGCUAGUGUAUUAUGGAAUAUGAUUGAUGAACAGAAAACAGUAACAUUUAAAAAAUUCCAUUUUAAAACCCAGUCAUUCGUACUUUAAAGACCGUAUAAGGAAAUACAAAUCUUGACAAAAAAUCCUAUUAGGUUUAUUUAAUUUAAUUUAUUAUCCAUCAUUUAAAUGCAAAUCAAUGAGUUUUUAUUUGUAAAGGAUACAUGAUUUAAUUGAUUAUAAUAAAACACUGUAAAGGUCUAUCCUUAUGUGAUGGAUAUCUACCAACGGCUGCCUAGGAGGUAGAAGAAGACAGCUAUUAUACAAAGCAUAUGCAAUUUGUGUAAAAUUGGUGCAAAGGUGCAUACAUAUUAAUAUGGUCAUGUAGACCUUUAGUGAUGUCUAGCUGCAGACAUUAACUGCCUAGAACAUUUGAAGCCAAACGAAACAGAAAUUGUGCAAAAUGUGGAUAUUGCAUGUUUGGACUGUCGGGGAAGUUUUUCUGUACAUGUCAGUGAAGAGUAACACUGCCCACCCUGUAUGCCCACCUUCGCCCGUACUGGAAACUUGUAUCACUUUCUAACAUUUAGUCCUGCAUCAUGUGUUGUCUCAGAGUGGAGCACACCGAUGGUGUCGACAACAUGCGUGAGCAGAUGUUAAACUGCUUCUGGUGCAUCACCCGUUUUUCUGACUUUCCAAAAGUGAUCAGGAUGUAAAAUGUCAGAGUGACAGUCAGAUGAGACGGUAAAUGUGUGUGAGGUCUGUCUGCUGCUCUCUGGGCUUUACUCCUUUGUUUACAUUUCAAUGUUGUGCGCUCCUCGUGGCCAAAAAGGUUAGUUAGAGGCCAGAACAUGAUUUCUAUUCUUUAAUUCCAGGUUGUUGGGUACUGUGUGAAACUUUAGUUCUGUAUUUGUAUAUUAUGCACUGCUGACUAAUGGUCAUGCCAGUUUGAGAAAUCUGUUUUACACAAUUCUUACCGAACCAGGAUCAUAAAAGGAUCAUAAAGGUGGUUUGACAUGUUUUAGACCACAAGUCAUGUACUGUACAUAUCUGCCAGCCAUUUUCAAAGCACACACAGUACACAGUACUCUGUAAAGUCUAUACCCGGUUAUAUUACAUCAACUCUUUUGGCAUGAUUCCUGUAAUCUGAUACAUUUGUCAGUAUCCGAUCAGAUCAAUUUGAAUCAUGUAGUUAUCACAUUAGAACUUGGCAUGAGUUCAGUCAUGUGUCUGAUCAUUUAGUACAUCCCAUUCAUUGACUCAUUUAGAGGAAAUGAACAGAAGUUGGACAAACUCAAAGAGAAACUGAGAUAAAAUUAAAAUGUCUUAUCUUAUUAAACAUUACUAACUGACAUCAGACACUUUUUCAUUUGUUUUAGCUUGACAUCCUAGCUUCAUUUCAGAGCAUUAUGAAUAUCAUCAUACAGAGACUUGAGACUUGCUGCAGAUAGGUGAAUAUUUUUGUCUCUUUUACUUUUCUUCGCCUACACACGAGAGCUGCAGCAAGUUUAAAGUGACUGCUGGUGAAUUGGCAAAUGUGGCAAAACAUGCAAAAGCAGCAGUGUGCUUCUUUAAUGAAGUCCAGGAAGUAAAAGGUGAAGGAGAGUAAUGGGAGACGAGUGUCUUCCAGGUCAGUAAACUAUUUGACUUCUCUUUGUUAGUGUCAGCAGUUUGUAAUGCUGCAUGUAUGUUAUAGGGGAAGAAUCAUCAUCUCAAAUAUACUCACACAAUGAAUCAAAUAACUUAUCAGAGGUUUACUAACCUAAGCUGCACUCAUCGCCUCAAGCUGAGAUGAACUGCAUUUUCAAAAUACACAUGCCGUCUUUCCCUUUUGACACAAAAGCAGCAUUAUGCUCAAAGCAUUCUCUAAGUGCACACACAAAGUGAUCUUAGGUUCUGAUUGGCUGUUAUCCUCCACUUUUCUUCUGGGUGACAACUUUUGAUCUAAUUCUGUGUCUUCAUGUGAUGCCUGAUAGAAGCGUUCAGGUGUAAAUGCAGUUGGUAUGGCUGACUGGAAUGCUGUUGAUGUAAGAGCUGAGCAGUGUGAAUGCUUGUGGCAUGGUGGUGUUGGGCUGCCAUCAUUAAAACAUUAAAAACCUGUUUAAAGGAUUGAAAGUGUGCUUAUCUACCAGUGUUGGAUUUCUGUCGAUCAUCUGCUGACAGAAAGAUGUGAACUGAAGUCCAACACAUGGAGUUUAGUGAGGAACUGAACCUGGUCUUUCCCUGUAAUUGAAAUUGAGCUCUUAAACUCCUCAUUGUGGAUUUUGAAGAGUGUUUGAAUUUUGAUAUACUGGAUUUAAAAUGUCUUACAAAUGAGCCUGAAGCAGAACAGGAAAUCUCAUCAGUGUACAUAAGGAGAGGAACUGUACACGAGAGUCCCUCGACAACUACAAACCUAAUACUCGUUAUUUUUUCAACAAUAAAAAUAUAAUCAAACUGUUU